AUGGGUGACUUUGUCACCGAGGCGUUCACUCUGCUGGGGGUGGCCAUUGUGGUCAUUAGCCUACGAAUUCUUGCUCGCUGGACCAUGGUUGGACCGAGUAAUUUCCAGAUCGACGAUUAUCUGAUGCCGUUCGCGUGUGUGGUGUAUGGAUUGGAAACUGGCGCUGCAUAUAUUGUGGGCGCAUGGUUCAAAGGUCUUGCCAACAAUGCGAUGACAAACGAGCAGCGGGUCACUCUGUCUCCCGACUCCGAGGAAUAUCGAUUACGUAUUGGUGGCUCCAAAGUUCAGGUGAUCGGCUGGUCCUUGUAUACGCUCCUUUUGUGGUUGCUCAAAACAUGCAUGGCAAUAUUCUACUCGCGAUUGACUAUGGGCCUGGCCAACAUGCGAACUCGGAUUCAUGUUGCUUUUGGCUUGAUCGCUGUGACCUACCUUGCCACGAUCUGUUCCAUUCUUUUUGGGUGCCAUCCGAUACACAAGAAUUGGCAAAUCAACCCCAACCCCGGAAACCAUUGUCAACCGGCUGUGUCCAAGAUCGAUAUUUAUGUGACCGUGGUCCUGAAUGUUACCACGGACAUCUAUCUGAUCAGCAUUCCUGCCCCAAUGCUUUUUAAGGCCCGACUUCGGUGGCACGAGAAGGUUGAGCUUCUUGUACUGUUCAGCGGUGGCCUGUUCGUUAUGAUGGCUGGUAUCCUUCGCUGUGUUCUGAUUCUGACAGCUGGUGCCAAUGGCGCUGAGCAAGCUGGCAGCUGGGCCUGUCGCGAGACAUUUGUCGCUGUCGUUAUCGGCAAUGUCCCAAUGAUCUACCCAUUAGUCCGUCGUGCAGCUCGCCGUGCCGGCUUCUACUUUACCACUCGGAGCGGAUCUCAAAGCUAUCCUGCAUAUCCACUGUCAGAUGGUGACACAAGCAACAACGGAUAUGUUAGGCGCAAGAAGUUCCGCCAUCCCCUGUCGAUUCCGGCCGACACGCAGUGGAACACCACAAGCGACGAGCAAAUGAUCUUGCCGACAUCGAGGCAACAGCCUCCCACGUGUACCGCUGGUGAUGGGGACUGGGAGACCAAUAGUCACACCAGUCAGAACGCCGGUAUUAAAGUGAUCCACGAAACAAUCGUUCAUAGUGCCGAGAAAGAAACUCGACGAUAA